UUAAAUAUUGUAAAACACCGUGGGUCAUGUGUUUUAUAGCUUUAUAAAUUCAAGUUACGAGACUAGGAACAAAAUUAGUCCUACAUUAUUUUUCUGCAAGUCAAAGCUUGUAUUAAAAUUAAAUCUUAGACGCUUUCAAGCACGAAGUGUGAACAGCUCAAGGGAGCAACAAAAGCGAGACAGACAUAUUGCAAAUCUUUUGCCCAGUGCUGUGAAGCGCGCCAAUGCAUUAAUUGCGGGGUCGGCGGCAUGAGUGCAGUGAAAAUGUUUAGCGUUGAAGACGACGGCACAGCGCAAGCAAAGAUUUGAUUAACAAUUGUAGAAAACUGUGCGUAAAUUAUGCAAAGGCCACACAGCUAAUGCAAUUAAAGAAGCGCGUGUGCAAAUAAUACAUUAAAAAGCUCGCCAACCUAACGGUGUUUUGGCCAAUGUGAUUUGUAUUUGUUGCCGCCGGCUGGACGCCAAAACUGCAAAAAUUUAUUUUCAAUUGCAAAAAAAAAGUGAAGUGAAGUGACGACAAAAUAGGAGAAAGAAAAGUCUGUGUGUGUGUGCUGCACAUUUGAAGCGUGCAAUUAACGCAAAUGUGUUUUUAGCAGUUCGUCGGGACACUUUUUUGUUUUAUUAGCAGAAAGUGAAAACAGUGCAUAGGAAGCUGGUAAAGAGUAUUUGUGGUGUACGUGCAGAAGAACAAGCAGAGCAGAGAACCAGCAGCAGUAACAGCAAACAGACAUUGCACAGGAGGUGGGGCCCGACAUCGCCGUCGCUGUCACAGUCGCGUCGUCGUCACUACCGUCGUCUCUUUGUUGUUGUUGCCUUUCCGUGCGUUGUUUUUGUUUGUCACACAUACAAAAAAAAAGAGCACGCGGCGUGCAGCAGUCUGCGAAAAGGGCGGGAAGGCAAACUAAAAUCAUUUACGCUUAUUUAUUUCAAUUCCUUCGGUGUGCGUGCGUGUGUAAACUAUUCGUUGCAUUUUACCGCGUGGCAUUGUGGCGAUUCCAUCAGCCUCACGAUUGGGGGGGCGACGGCGGCGUAAGAAAUGUCAAAGCUGGGCGAGCACAGGCGUGUGCAACUCACCACAAUCAGCAGUAGCAUCAGCAGCCAUAAUGCUGUCCCUCCGAUGCUGUCGCGCUUCGGCGACUUUCUCGACACCGAUACCGCGUUGCAGUCCAACAGCAAGGGCAACAAGAACUCAAACAAAACGAUACGUCUGCAGCUGGAAUUGUUUGAAACGGAUUCGUAUCGUUAUCCCGAAUUCAACUACUCCAAACUGUUGCAUCUGGAGAAGAAAAAGGCAAAAAUGCUGAAAGAGAAGGCGGCCAGCAACAAUGGCAACAAUAAUGAUCCCUUCGCCGACAACGAUGAUGAUGUUGCGCGCAUUGCCAAGGAGCUGGAAGCCAAGUAUGGCAACUCUUAUGCACGCGGACGUGGACGUCGCAAGAAGGACGAUUUUGUCGACAUUGGAAUGGGUUACGACGAGUCUGAUUCGUUUAUCGACAACACCGAGGCGUACGAUGAAAUACUGCCCGAGGAGGUGGAGACUUUGGAGGGUGGUUUCUAUAUUAAUAGCGGCACCUUGGAAUUUAAGAAUCCGUCAAAAAAGUCACAUACCAGACGCACCGAUGCCAUCAUUAAAAUGCCAGAAAGAUCACGUAAACGUGUGGUGUCCACAAGCUCAGAUGAUUCCUCGGAAACGUCGGAGUCGUCCAGUGAAAACGAACAGGAAACUGCGGCCAAUAGUAAAUCUAAAACUAACAACAAUGCCGACAACGACGACGAUGAUGACGACGAGGAAGCCGAGGAGGAGGAUGAUGACGACGAUGAUGAUGACAAUGAUUCAGACAGCGAUAGCGAAAGCAUUGAUGGCUCCGACAGUGACACCGACAGCCUAGAAGAUGAUGAAGAGAGCGGAAAGUCUGUCAACACGAAUGUAAAGAGUAAAUUCAAACCUAAUGCUGUCAAACUGCCCAAAUCCAGUGCAGAUGCGAAACCAAGAGCGAGCACAGGCAGUAAGAAAACGAACAGCAGCAGCGGUAAACUGAAUGUGAUUGGCUCAUCCUCAUCAUCGAAUUCACCACGUCCCAAUGCCAUCGACAACUCAGACACCGAAGAGCAGCGACAGACACAGCAAGCUCAAGCUCAAUCGCAGGCGCUCAAGAAGGUGGUCAAAACGACAACUGUGAAGGAUAUGCUAAAGGCGAAACGAGACAGUUUUCUUAAGUCACAGGGGCAGGUUGAUGGACCGUCCAAGAGCGUGGUGAAUGGCGAAGUUAAAAUUACGACAACAUUGACUGUGGACUCGAGCAGUGAAGACGACGACAGCGACUCUGCCAGCGAGCAAGGCAAAGUUGAGAAGUUAUCAAAGCCAAACGACAAUCAACGAACUGCGGAUACUACACUGCCGGCCAGUCUGGAUAAAGAGAUCCUGGGCAACAUCAACAGCUUUAAGGAAAUGGUCAGAAGCAGAGAUUUGUGCGGUAGAAGAUUUGAUUUUGACAGCAAGCUAACAGCUCUGCUGCUAAAAAUCUAUGAGACACUGCUGUGUUCAGAGCGCAACGAACGGAACAUGGUAUUUGCCCAUCUGGAAUACCAGCUGCAACUGCCCAAAUAUUUUAUACUGCGUAGAGCGAAGGCGCUGCGCGCCCGAGAGGAGAAAAACAAGACUACAGCUGCAUUGGAGAAGCUGCGCAAAGCGGUUGCCGAAUUGAUGCCCAAGGCCAUUGCAAACUACGAGAUCGAAUUGCAUCGAUUUGCGGAACUAGCGGCGGCUGAUGUCAAUUCGGAACAUCCGCCAAAGAUGCCUCGUAAAAAGUUCCAGUGGAGCAAUGAGUUGCGCGAACUGCUUUACGAUGUAUACCAAGCACGCUGGAUAUCGUAUGCUGUGCUGGGGAAGCGAAAGGAUUCGCUGGAGCAAUUCAUCAAUGGGUACCUAAAAGACAAAGUCGUUGAUGUGUGGGCCACGGGCUGGAUGCGUUACGAGGAGUUGCAGCGUGAGAUUGAACGUCACAAGCACGCAAGCAAAAAGCAGAAAGAGAAGGCAAAGAAGUUGUCGCUGCCACCAGCAGCGACAGCAACCACAAUUACCACCACCGCAAUUCCAACAGCAACUAGUGUAAUUGCCUCACCACCAACAACAUCAGCAGCAGCAGCAACAACACAAGGCAACAAUUAUGCAAAGCAAUACGAUGAACUGACGCUGAUCGAGCAGAGUCGGUCGCGUGCCAAUUCCGAUACGGAUUCAGCUACAAGUGCCUCAUCAAGUAGUCUCAAACGCAAACUUGAAAUGCCUGCCAAUGGACAGCAGCAAUCAAGAGCGCCCAAGCAGCCGGCAACAGUUAAGCCACCCAAAAUCAAGUUCCAAAAACAAUUGGAGGCCAAACUGGCGCAGAUGUCACAAGCGAACAGCAUACAAAGCAUACAACAACAGACGCAAACGCAACCGCAACCAAUUGAUUUAUUGCAACUGCCCGCUGUCAACAAUUACCUGAAGCAAUUGGAUGAUGUGACGGUGACAGCACAGCAGAUCGAUCGAUCGCGUGCCAAUUCCGAUACAGAUUCGGUUGCAAGUGCCUCAUCGAAUAGCCUAAAACGCAAGUUGGACAAACCAAAACGACCAAGGCCACAGCUGUUGCAAAGCCGCCCAAAAAAGAAGAAGCAACAGCAGCAGCAAGUUUCGCAACAACCUUUGGCGCAGCUCGACAAUUUAAUGGUACAGCCAUCAACCUCGGCGCAGGCAGCGGCAAUGAAUGCAGCUGUUGUGGCAGCUGCAGCCAGCAUGCUGGAGUUGGCAUCGCCCACCAAGCAAACGGAUCACAGCAUCAACAGCAUUAUGACGGCAGCAAAUCUCAAUGUGGCGGCCAUCAAUAGCAAUGCACUGCUCAGUGGUGCUGCGGCAGCAUUACAUUCCACAACGAGCAACGCUGUAGCAGCGUCUAAACCCUUGUCGCAUGUCAUCAAUCUCGACUACUACAAGAGUCCAAGCGAAAUACUACAGACAUCGCAGCAGCUGGCAGCCAACAAAUGGCAAACAACGACGACGGCGACGGCGCCACCGCCUGCUGUUGUGCGUUGCGAGAGCAGCAGCGAAUCGGAUGGCGUGGAAAUCGUGUGUGUUUAUCCAGCAGCAGUCAAGGUGAUACACUCCAACACUAAGGCACCGCGCUCCAAGGCGAGUCAGAAGAGCAAAGCAACGUCUGUGAUUAGCACAACGGGCACUGUGGCUAACGGACUCAAUGGGGCGGUGGGAGGCCAUCGGCAGCAGGAUAAGAGGUUCACUUAUGGUCCCACCAGCAACAACAACAACAAUAACAAUGGCAGCAGCCCCAAGCUGGGAGCUGGCGUCAUACGCUCUUCGGUGCCAACGGCUGCCUACGAUUAUAGCAAUCCACAGAUAUUGAAAACGCUGUCGGCACUCGAGAAGCAAAUGAAUUGGUCACAAAACGCACUGCUUAAUGCAGCUGCCGCGAAUGCUGGAACGAAUGCAGGUGCGGGUGCCGCACCAGCAGCUGGUCGUGGGACAACAUCGUCGCAUCAAUGACAUUCGCUGAAUGCCGCUGCCACACAGCCUCCUCCACCAGGAGCGGUGUCGAUGUCGGCAUUCUACAAUCACGAACAGGCAGUGGCUGCUGCCCUAGUGCUCUCAUCGAUGAGCGCAUCGGGACGCUAUGAUGCCUACGAUGCGCAGCUGGGUCUGUUGAAUGGCUCGCUGGCUGCCGCACAGCAGAUUGCAACAUCAACAGCAGCAGCAGGAGCAACAGCGACAACAACACUGCCACAAGUAUUUUUGAAGCCUUCCCCGCCGCCGCCUUCAGCUGCUGCUGUCGUCGAUGGAGGUGCAACAAGUGCGCAUGCGGCACAGCUGCCCACUAAAUAUGUUUAGAUCUUACACAACUAGUACAUAAAGUUCUAAAUUUCCUCUGCAGAUGCAAGAUAUAUCUCCUAGAGUUGAAGACGACAAUGACGUAUAGUUUAUAGGUUUCAUUACAAUUAAGUCGAGAGGCCCGUUUUCCUUUCACUACGUUUUGCAAUCUCCCCGCUCCCAGCUCCCCACUUCCCACUCCUCAAAAUUGGCAAUAUGUACAUUAUAAAUCCCAGCUAUAUCCAGUUGAUCUGUGUGCGUCGCAUCACUGCCACCAAAACUCAAGGGAAAUGUUUAAAAUGAGAGAGAGAGAGUGAAAGAAAG